CCCAUUCUCGCACCAAACUCCAAGAGGGACUCUCUCUCUCUCUCUCUCUCUCUCUCUCUCAUUUUCCCCGUCCAUUUUCUCGCCCUCCAAACGCCUUCCCCUCCAAUAUUCAAUAUGCAGUCCAGCUCCGAGAAGGUGUCCGUUUCGCCGUUCGAUCUGAUGGCCGCGAUCCUCAAGGGCGGCAGGAUCGACCAGUCCAACGCCUCCUCGGGAUCCGGCGAGUCGCCGUUCGCAGCGCUGGCGGAGAACCGGGAGCUGCUCAUGAUACUCACGACCUCUGUGGCCGUGCUGAUCGGAUGCGUCGUGGUUCUCAUCUGGCGUCGAUCGUCUGGCCAGAAGGCGGUCAAGGCAGUGGAGCCGCCGAGGCCGUUGUCGGUGAAGACUGAGCCCGAGCCGGAAGUCGACGACGGCAAGAAGAAGGUUACUAUAUUCUUCGGCACUCAGACCGGCACCGCCGAAGGCUUUGCCAAGGCACUUGCUGAGGAAGCUAAAGCGAGAUACGAAAAGGCCACUUUUAGAGUGAUUGAUUUGGAUGAUUAUGCCGGCGAUGAUGAAGAAUACGAGGAGAAGUUCAAGAAAGAAUCUUUGGCGUUUUUCUUUUUAGCAACAUAUGGAGAUGGUGAGCCAACCGAUAAUGCUGCAAGGUUCUAUAAAUGGUUUACAGAGGCAAAAGAGAGAGAGGAAUCGCUUCAGAAUCUCUCAUAUGGAGUGUUUGGCCUUGGCAACAGACAGUACGAACAUUUUAACAAGAUAGCAAACGAUGUGGAUGAGCAGCUCACUGAGCAGGGUGCAAAGCGUCUUGUUCCAGUGGGUCUCGGAGAUGAUGAUCAGUGUAUUGAAGAUGACUUUGCUGCAUGGCGAGAGUUACUGUGGCCUGAGUUGGAUCAGUUGCUAAGGGAUGAGGAUGAUGCAACCGUGGCAACUCCUUACACUGCAGCUGUUUUGGAAUACCGUGUUGUAAUUCACGACCACACAGAUUCAUCCAUAGCAGACAAGGGUAUGGAUUUGGCAAAUGGUCAUGCUGCUCAUAGUGCACAGCAUCCAUGCAGGGCUAAUGUAGCUGUAAGAAGGGAGCUCCAUACUCCUGCCUCUGACCGAUCUUGCACUCAUUUGGAAUUUGACAUUGCUGGCACUGGACUUGCGUAUGAAACUGGAGAUCAUGUUGGCGUGUAUUGUGAUAAUCUGAUUGAGGUUGUGGAGGAGGCUGAAAGAUUGUUGGGUAUAUCACCAGAUACUUAUUUCUCCAUUCACACUGACAAAGAGGAUGGCUCCCCUUCUAGAGGCUCAUUGCCACCUACUUUCCCACCCUGUUCCUUAAGAGCUGCCUUGACUCAACAUGCAGAUCUUCUGAGCUCUCCCAAGAAGUCUGCUUUACUUGCCCUGGCUGCUCAUGCUUCUGAUCCAAAUGAAGCUGAGCGAUUGAGACAUCUAGGAUCUCCUGCCGGAAAGGAUGAGUAUGCACAGUGGGUGGUUGCAAGUCAGCGAAGCCUCCUUGAGGUCAUGGCAGAAUUCCCGUCAGCCAAGCCUCCACUUGGAGUUUUCUUUGCAUCAGUUGCCCCACGCUUGCAGCCUAGAUAUUACUCAAUUUCAUCCUCCCCUAGGAUGGCACCUUCGAGAAUUCAUGUUACUUGUGCACUAGUUUAUGAGAAAACACCAACUGGACGCAUUCACAAAGGAAUAUGUUCAACUUGGAUGAAGAAUGCUGUAUCAUUGGAGGAAAGCACUGAUUGCUCCUUGGCACCAAUUUUUGUUAGGCAAUCCAACUUCAAACUGCCUAAUGAAACUAAAGUACCUGUUAUCAUGAUUGGCCCUGGAACUGGAUUGGCCCCUUUUAGGGGCUUCCUGCAGGAAAGAUUGGCUUUAAAGGAAGCUGGAGCUGAGCUAGGACCUUCUGUAUUAUUCUUUGGAUGCAGGAACCGGAAAAUGGAUUAUAUUUACGAGGAUGAGCUGGACAACUUUGUCAAAACUGGUGCUCUUUCGGAGCUGGUUGUUGCCUUUUCACGUGAAGGACCCACUAAAGAAUACGUUCAGCAUAAGAUGAUGGAGAAAGCUUCCGACAUCUGGAGCAUGAUCUCUCAGGGAGGGUAUGUUUAUGUUUGUGGGGAUGCUAAAGGCAUGGCCAAGGAUGUUCAUCGAACUCUCCACACAAUUGUGCAAGAGCAGGGAUCCAUGGACAGUUCCAAGGCAGAGAGCAUGGUGAAGAAUCUACAAAUGAGUGGGAGAUAUCUCCGCGAUGUGUGGUGACCAUUCCUUCAAGUGCAGUUACUGGGAUUAAAUAUGUCGCCACGGGGAAGAGAAGAAUUGGAUUUGAUGUUGACGUACUCUGGUAUUAAAGGGGGAUAAAGCGGGAAGGCAAUUUGGGAAGCCUACUUGCCUUUCAACCCCAAUAUAUAUUAGGAAAGAAAUGCGUGGAUGUUGUUGCUAUACUGGUUGGGUCUAUGAUUCAUUGUACUCUUUUUGCUUUACCAUUUUUUGGUUCAUGUAAUUUUAUAUUACACAAAGAGUAUAAAUUAUAUAGCAAUAAUGUUUAGAGUUAGUUACUCAUCUGUUGUAAUUUUCCUUUAUAUAUUAGCCCCCGAUGAUGGUUUAUCAAUGGAAGCGUCGAUUUUGGACA